CCCAGGGAAAGAACAUGAUUUACAGAGUGAUAAUCAAGGGAGAACGAAAGGACAUGAUUGUGAAAUAGGAGCGAUCUGCGGACUUUUUCAUCAACAAGGUAUCAAACCAUGUGGACGCUCACGAUGCUUGGAGGACAACAGCCGUGGAAGCUAUGCGAUAAGUUCAAUUAGCCCGCUAUAACACAAUAAAUUGGCCCGGGAAACUGAAUGUUCCUGAUACGAUCAACGUGUUUUACUAUGCAUUUCAAAGUUUGUGACUGGCUUAAUUGAUGAGGAAACAUGCACAUUCGACUAGGAUUCUAGGUGCGUUUUUGUUUAAUUUGAUAGACUGAAUAACCGCUUGGUUGUAGUUCGUCGAAUACUUCUAGUUUCAAAUGAUCCAUGACCAUUCGUCGAAUACUUCUACAUGUAGUUUCAAAUGAUCCAUGACCAUCGUGUUGAUUGGGAAGUUGUCGGAUUGGUUUCAACUGUUUGCAUUGGAAAGGGGAACUGACCAAAAAAGGAGCGGUUUUACUGUACAUUCCUCGCAAAACAUACUUAAAUGGAACGACACCAUCUACAGUUCUCUUAAGGUUUAUGCCUAUGUAUUCGACAAGUCUCGUUUGGUGAACGUGGUACAACCUACUCGCCGCCUAUAUACAGUACUGAUCACUUAUAGGGCACUGUGCUUCAACAGCAAGCUCAUGAGCAUCUCAUGUCUUCCGCAAUAUUACUGUAUAGGAGAUCAACACCGAAAUGAAUUCAACCAAUAUACCUAUCGAAGUAGUAUUUAACACGGAAAAUUCUUCACAACCUCAACGAUGUCUGUAUCGUACGAAGUUCAUCGACACGAAUGCAGAAUUGGCAAGAUUUCUGUUCGUGGUGCCAAUAUGGCUUGUGGUCACUCUACUGGGCCUCAUAGGGAACACGCUCGCCUACCUGGUCCUCCGGAGAGAACUACGUCCAUCAUCUACGUCAUAUCUCCUGAAGACAUUGGCGGUUGUUGACAAUCUAGUCUUGGUGACCUUGACCUUAGACGAUUCGUUUUUAAGGAUAUAUGCAAGUACAGGUGUAUUCGAGUCUUACUAUGAGUUCUACAUGAUAGCGCAUCCGUUUGUUUGGCCUUUUAAGUGGUUCAUUAAAACAUUGUCUGUCUACACCAUUAUUCUCGUCACGGCGGAACGUUACAUAGCAGUUUGUAAGCCAUUGCAAGCAGCGUCAUGUUGCACUAUCAAGAAAGCAAGGAUCGCAUUUCUUGCGGUGUGUCUCUUCUCUCUUCUGUACAAUCUUCCGAAAUGUUGGCAAUUAGAGACAAUCUACAAAUUCGACACAUGCACAGGAAGAAAUAGACCAUACCUUAAAAAACGAGAAACUUUCGAUGGUGAUUUAUUUUUGGGUACAGUAUACGCUGUCGCCCUCUAUAUAGUUAUUCUCUUUGUCGUACCACUCCUCGUGCUCACUGUCUUGAAUGUUUUCCUUAUACGGAUGAUUAAAGGGGGCACCACUUGUGAUUUGAAAUUGAAAGUUUAUACAGACAAGCGAAUGAGACAUAAGAAGCAAAUCACUAGGAGAAUUGUAAUAAUCGUGUUUGCGUUCGUGAUUCUGGAACUACCAGUUUUUGUAAUGAACAUUGUAAACAUCUCUGUGCGUGGUUUUGAACUCAAUCAUGAUAAUCAGCAACUCAGGCUUCUUAUAUUUCAUUUGCUACAUAUUGCGUACGUCAUUUCCGGCAUGAAUUCCGUGGUCAAUUUCUACGUGUAUUUCCUGACCGGAUCAACUUUUCGGCACAGCCUAUGGAAAAUGAUAACUGGAAAACGACAUAGAAUACGACAAAGCCGUACAUCAGGGACUCUAGAAAGUGACAAUGACUUGACCCAUAUAACGGAAGUGACCGCCAUGCAGGCGGUAUGUGUUCAUGUGGCCCAGCGAAGCACUAACAGCUCUGUUUCAAGUUCUAACAAGCAAAGUUCAUUCAUUAAGUUGGACGACGUCUCUGAUUGCGCGUAGCCUGCAUUAACAAAGAUCACACAAAAAACGUGAUUUGACAAAACUACAUGUCUUUUAGUUUCCAGAAGCAUGAUGAAUGUAUUUAGUAUUAACAGAAGUGAGGGCUAAUUUAUUGUCAAAAGUUGGUUUAAAGGUUAAAUGCCAAGGUUAGGCCUAAUCUUAAUCAAAGUACAUCAGGAUAACCUUUUGUUACCUUUAGAUGUCAAAUGUAGUAAAUUUAUUUGCAUAAAUAUCGCAUGGAAUAAAGAAAUUCAAAUAAACCGCCCUGUCUCAGCGUGAAUUUGCUUCGGCAAAGUUCGUAUUUCGUUCGGAAACUCUCGCGGUUUUGGGGAAUUCCAAAUGAGGAGUGACGUCACUAGUGCUGUCAUUGUUAGACUGAUCCCACUGCCUGCAUACACAAACGCCAUGCUGUAGAUGCCUGCGCAAGACAGGAGACCAGUUUUGUUUUCAUUCAUCUGACAGCUGAUUCUACUUUCUGGUUGCGUUCACGCCGUUCCUACCAUGUAAAACCAAUUAUUUUACAUGUUCUAAAGCAAAAAUGGUUUACUGCGUUGCACCAAACUGCAGCAGUGAUUCAACGAAGGUGUUGAAAGUAGAUGGGGUCGGUUAUUACAAUUUUCCUCGCGACAAGAAGGCCCGAAAAGUAUGGGUAAGACGCAUGCAUCGUCCGUCUUCUUGGGUCCCGUCUCUCGGUGCGAGGGUAUGUUCGAAGCACUUCGUUGCCGGAGAUUACCUGCUGGACCCAGCCAUAUGCCGUGCGAUAGGAUUUGACCCUAAAAAACGCCUCUUGAAGCCAGGUGCCUUCCCUACACUCUUCAGUCAUGGUGAAGGCGAUGCCAUGGAUGGUACGCCUACGACCAGUGCGCCGCGGUCAGCUGUGCAGAAGAGGGCACAUCAGCAGGCUGUAGCAGAGGCGGUAGCGGGAUACAACGUGUUGUAUGGAGAGGAGGCGGAGGAGGCAGCUGAGCAGGAUGAUGGUUUUUUGAUGGCUGAUGAAGGCCGAUUUGAGGAGGUUGGCAAUCACCUAAUAGAGGAUGCAGUACUGCCACAGAGUUUAGACGAUUUGGAGGUUUUGCCACAAGAACACCCUGAAACCUUUGCCAUUGGGACACAAGUUGGCUCCUCAGUCUCCAUGCGGUUUGCCAAGGCUGUCCAGGUCAAUAUUGUCACUGGGUCUCGGAACAAAGGUUCGCAGACAACCUCCUGCACCGGGGAUAUUGGCUGUCAGGCAGAACCAGAAGUCCGAGAAAUUGCCAUUCAGACAGAUCUGUUUGACAUUGAUGUGCCAGUUUUCCAAGGCUUGAAACCAAGUGAUGAAGACAUGGAGGAUGAAGAGGUGCACUUUCCAAGUCAGGAAACGAUGAAGACUGAUGACAGUGACGAUGAAGACUGGGAGCCAUGUGAAGAUGAUUAUUGUCAAGAAUUUGAUGACUCGCUCCUUGAUGAUGAAAAUGUGUAGCAAGGCCCACAAGGAACUUACGCUGAUUCUCACUCAAAAGAUAUUGCUCAAGGACAUCAGAAAGGUUUCACCAGGAGUACAGACUUCAUCUCUUGAGUCGUAUCACAAAAUUGUUGGUUAUUUCGCUCCCAAAUCCCGCCAUUUCUUCUAUGAGCCAAUGAAAGCAAGGUUACUGCUCGCCACACUCCACUUUAAUGAAAAUUCAAAUCGGAAACAGCGUAUGGGACAAGAUGAACAGCCGCAGUGGUCGAUUUCAUACCCCAAGGGGAGAGGAGGAGCUGCAGUAGCAAAAGAGGUCAAAAUUGAAUCAACAUAUGACUAUGUACAGCUAAUUCUGGAGGACCUGCUGAAGCGGAGAGAUGACCUGCCAUCUUACAAAUUGGCAAGAGAUGCAAAGGACAAGUACCAAGUGACUCAUCCUAUUCCAGGUCCAGUGUGCUCAAAGUACGACAAGCAGG